AUGGAGUCCGCCCACAGCAGCGCCAGCCCGCCGCCGCCGCCGCCGCCGUCUAAACCCUGCUACAACUGCGUCAAGCGGCGCAUCGUCUGCGACAGGACCGGCACGCGCUGUCGGAAGUGCGCAAAGAAGGGGCUGCGAUGUCCUGGGUACGGCAUCCGCUACCGCUUUGCCCACGAGUUCCGCGACCAGAAGCCCGCGAGUCCCGGCGAGCACCGGCCGAGCUCCGUCGUCGAGUACUCCGGGCCGCUGACGUGGGUCGAGGCCGAAACCAAUUGCGGCCCGGCGUCGAGGAGUAGAGAGGAUGCUGGGGAUGCUGGGGAUGAGACCGGGGAGGAUGAUAGUAAUGCAGGCACGCCGUCGUCAUCGGAAUCCACUUCGGAAGGCGAUCAAUGUGAUGAAGUCGUUACACAAGACCAACCUCGUGUCGAAACAUUAGUCCAGCGACCACGGUCAUUAGAACCCAUCGACGCAAACUCACGAUGGAUGUUUCAAUAUUUCUCAGAGCACGUCUCGCCCGUCAUGCUCCUCUUCAACAGUGCCUCCAACGGAUACAGGCGCUACGUGCUCCCCUUUGCCACGUCCAACCGCCUCGUGCAGCGCGCCGUGUGCGUCGCGGCCGCCUUCCAUCUGCUGCCCCGCCGGCCGGAGCUCCGUGCGCCGGCCGAGCAGGGCCGGGCCGCCAUCAUCCAGCGGCUCCGCGAGGACGGGCUCUCGGCGACGGGGGCGCCGGUCCUCGACGACGCCACGUGGGCGACCAUCUUGCUGCUCAUCGUCGGGGACCUUGUGAGGGGGGAUGAGCAGGUCAUGAUUCUGUAUCACAUGCUCGAUGCGUUUGUGCGCGCGAGGGGAGGGAAUGAACCGACGUCUCAACUCGAGACGUUUCUCAAUUCACAAUCGCGGCUCAUCAAAUUCUUCGGCGAUCCCAUCGUCAGUGAAUCCAACGUCCCGCAAAGGCGGCCGAGCGGCAUCCUCACCACCCUCUCAGGUGCCGAACUGCCCACGCCCGACAAGCCGCAGCUCCUCAACUACGUGCAUCUCUACGAGGAAGCAUUCUGCAUCGCCAUGGAGAUCUACAUGGCCCGGGCGCGCUCCGCCGUCGUCCCCGUGGACGAGGACCUCAUGGCCCGCCUCGUCCGGCAGCUCAAGACGGCCCUGGAGCGCGUGGACCCGGCGUUCCCCGGGGCGCAUGUAAUUGUAUGGCCGAGUUUCGUCGGCGCGGCCGAGGCGGAGGAGGAGGAGCAGCGGGAUUACUUCACGGAAAAGUUGAGAUAUAUCUGGCGCACCACGGGGUACGCGAAUGUGCUCAAGGCCAUUAAUUCAUUGCCGGGCAUGUGGGAAAAAAGGGGCGUUCAGCGUUGGACGACGAGACUGCCACAGGUGUCUGUCAUGAUCAUGUAAGAUGUAAUUGCGAAAGGGGUAAAAAAGGACCAUGCAAAUGCAGCGUGGAAAUAAUG